AUGGCUGAGUUAGACCAAUAUGCUAUAAUGAUUGAUAUCGUUCUCUCUGAUAUGGAUUUGAAAACGGUAACGACAAAAAAAGUUAGGAUGGCUUUAAAAGAAGCGUUUGCGAUUGACUUGGAGUCACAAAGCAAACCCAUUAAUGAGUUAAUUAGAAUGCAUUUGCAACUUGUAAAAGGAGGGCCGUCUUUGAAAAGAUCUCUUGAAGAUGUACUAAGGGAAAAUGCUACUUUGGCGAUGAAACUCACAAAGGAAGUAAGUAUAAACAAACCAUCAACGGAGGAAGAAGAGGAGAAGAAUGGUGAUGGAAUCAAGGAUGCUGAUGACUUGAGGACAAAAACUACAGUUAACAAGUCGCCUAUCUCAACACGACAAGUUAUAUUGUCAAAAUCAUUAGCGAAUUUACUGGGGGAACCCCGAUUAACAAGAACCGAUGUUGUACGACAAGUUUGGGCAUAUAUCAAAGAGCACGAUUUGCAGAACCCGAAGAACAGGAAAGAAAUAUUGUGCGACGAAAAACUGGAGUUGAUAUUUGGUAAACGUACUGAUAUGUUCAAGAUGCAUAAAAUUUUGGUUAACCAUAUGACGGACCCUUCUAAAACAACCGAUAAUUCGUCUCCAGCGAAGGCAGUCAGCAAUCCGAUGCAGAAAAACAUCUGA